AUGGCCAAGAACAAGAACAAGACAUCGAUGGAUCACUUCCAAACACAGCUCGAGGAAGAGGAUUUCAGCAAUGCAAACAAAUUUAACUUCCUGCCGUUGACCAUCUUCUACAACGGAAAAAUGAAAGUUUACAACGCAAUUUCUCAGGAAAAGGCGGAGGUAAUAAUGCUGAUUGCGUCGGCAGCAGCGAGAUCUGCUUCGCCGGCUGCGACGGAGCAGCUCGAUCGUAAAGUUAAUCCCUGGAACAUCCUGCAAGAUGACACGAGCGACGAGUUGCCGAUGGCAAGGACGCACUCGCUUCAGCGUUUCCUGGAGAAGCGCCGUGAAAGGAUGAUGGAGAGAUCCCCUCACAACUAUUAUUCAGCAAACUCCUUGUACGCGGAAGGGCCGUCUCAUGCUCAAGGGAUGCCUCCUCCAUUUGCCUAG